AUGUCAGUUGUUCAGCCGCAUGCGGGUACGGCGCGCUUGGAAUUCAAUCAGACAUCUGUGCAGAUGUUUGAUUCGGCAGUUUGUUUGCGGUGCAGUUUCUCGUCUCUGAGAGUCACGUGCCCCUUUCGGUUGGAGUUUGUGGGCCGUUCAGCAACAAUGGGCCGACAGGAGGUCUUGCUGACAGCAGACGUCAAUAGCCUGGAUGACUUCAGCGAUGAGCUUGUAAUGGAUGAAACCAAAUUCUUGAGGAGCCGUUGUGGAAGGCUGCUGCUAGCUUUCUGGGGAAGCAGCAACACACUCGCGGGUAUAUAUGCCAACCUAAGCUACCACUGUAUCUUUCAGAGUCUGUGGUCAAAGUGCGAGGCUUGGGACAUCUUGGCCGGACGGCCUUGCUCUGAUGACUUGGACUCCUGUUUAGGCCUCCACAGCUACGCUCUACAGCUGACACUUCGAAGUGGCAAGGUCGAGCUCAGCCAUGACCGUGCAGGUAGCUUUGGCGCGGUUGCGGCCUCGACCGUUCCUGGCAACAUCGCAGUUGUGCAGACAAAGGAUCCUGGUAAGCUGCAAGACUCUGCAGAGGAGCUGCGUCGGCAUGGGAAGGUCAAUGCAGAGGCCGCAUCGAAUGACUUCAAGCAAUUGAACGUUUGCACCGGAGCUUGGCAUGGUUGCUGGUGCCUGGUAAAUGCGCCGGCCAGAAAGCACUUGUCUGAUCACAUGCUGGUUCCCAUGCAUCCGCCAGCCAAGUAUAGCAUGGCAGACAGCAGCCUUCAAGUCAGUGCUGCCAAGCGCUCAGCUAGCAACACUGGGUAUUUAUCCAAGGUGAAGCACGGCAGUGAAUCUGGUUUUGUUAUGCAGGAGCUGGUAAAGCUCCUGGUGUUCAGAUCCACGAAGUCUGACUUCGUGUUCGUCGAUGCGACAGUCUUCGAUGAGCAUGGUUGGAGGUCGCAGAGCCUUCUACGUCACGAGCAGAUGAAGGCGAAAGUUGUCGGUGCCCAACAGGAGACAGUAAGACAGGACCAUGCGCUACUUCAGAUGGUGCAGAUCCGCAAUGAAAGCAGCCAGAAAGCAAUGCUUGUUCUAAGAUGGGUGGCUGCGGCCACCAUUGCUGCAGUUCAGCUUGACACCAAGAGGCGCGAGAUGCACUCCAAGCUGCUUCUGCAGAACGGCGCAUCUAUUGCGAGGCAGUCCAGGGCCUCCCGUGUACAGAAAUCAUGGAUCGUGGGAGACGAAGCGGACGGUGCCAUUGUACAUGAUGCUGUGCAAGCUGGAGUGCGAGAACAAGAAGCCAUGAGCAUUGUGAAGUGCACGACUCGCUUUGCCACAGUCAUGUGCGUGAUGAUUGCUAUAGUCAAGGUGUCCAUCUACUUGUACUCCGGCUCUGAGGUGGUCAGGACAUCUGCCUUGGACUCAUUGGGCGACCUCAUGGCAAACAUGAUUACGCUGUACACUGGAUAUCGCAUGACGCAUGUGGACUUCAAAAAGUAUCCUGUCGGCCAGAAGAAGUUCCAAAGCAUUGGCUGCCUUGUUUUCAGCACCCUGAUGUUCGCGCUAAUGUUCGGAAACGCAUUGUCGAACCUGGAGAGCCUCAUAGAAAGCAAAGACGAUAUCGGACACAAGGCCAUUACGCGGUUCUUCCAGCAGACGGGCUCGGUCAGCGAGUUCAGCCAGUGGCGUGCAGAUUUGGAGUGCACUGACGAGGAGGAGUGCACAUGGCGGAGUCCUACCGACAAUGCUGCCAAGAUACAAAACCCGCUCAAGAAGUUUUUCGAAGUCCAUGGUGAUGAGGCCGAGAAGGCGAUGUACGCAAAUGAACCGGCUGAAUUAACAAGAGGGGAGGUUGUUCAACAAAUUGCCGAUUAUGAGAACGAAGCAGAACAGUGGCAGCAACUGAAGACGCAAAACCUCUUCCUUGGCUGCUGUGCUACGUACAAGCUAUGCUUGUGGCUUUACUGCUUGCUGUAUGCCAUCCCGAAGAGUGGAUCUUCAGUGCUGGUAGCUUUAGCAACUGACAAGAGAAACGAUUUCAUCUGCACGAGUUUCGUCAUUACCUCGACCUUCUUCGCAGCAAUUUUCCCCGACUUCACUGGGAAGUUUAUUGCGAACGAGAAAGUGGACCCAUUUGUGUCGCUCUUGCUGUCGUUUUUCAUCAUGUACACCUGGUCAGAGCUGAUGGUGGAGCACAUGACCGUGUUGAGUGAGCAGGUUGGGAACGAUGAGUUCUGCGAAGGUGUUCGCAAGGAAGUAUUUGACGUUGUCAAGGGUUCGCCCUGCGGGGUGGCCGGUGAUGACAUCAAGGUGUACAUGUCCGGCAUGGGCCACACGAUCGAGGUUACCCUCACAGUGAAUCCGGGCACGACGCAGUUUGCAGUUGUGGCCGAGCUGGUGCAAAAGUUGAGGAACCGACUCCGGCCGCUGGAAGAUGUCGACCGGGUUCUCAUCAUGACCGUCCAGACAUAUCAUGGGGCUUGA